AAAGGCAGCAGCCGGAUGAGGCAGCGGGCGGGCCCUACUGCGGCCCGGCCCGGCCCGCCCCGGGCGCGGGCGGUGUGUCCCCGGCUGCGGCGGCGGCUGCGCGGGGCGGGGGCCCGGCGGCCCCUCCCUCUUUUCUUCCCUCCCACCCUUCUUCCCUCCCCUCCGGCCCGGCCCGGGACCGCCCCGGCCCCACCUGCGGCAGCGCUGGGCGGCGGCUCCGCGGGGUCCGCUCGCUGCUCGCCCGCCCGCGCCAUGGCGGCGGAGCGCGGGGGCUGCGCGCUGGAGGCUGUGCCGCUGCCGCCCGAGGUGCGCGAGAGCCUGGCGGAGCUGGAGCUGGAGCUGUCUGAGGGAGACAUCACUCAGAAAGGAUAUGAAAAGAAGAGGGCAAAGCUGUUAGCACGGUACAUACCACUCAUCCAAGGUGUGGAUCCAUCCCUGCAAGCAGAGAACAGAGUCCCAGGCUCUUCCCAGGCCACUGCUGCUGUAUCGAAACAGCAGAAAUCCCGUUCCACCAACUCGAGGGACGAGCGCUUCCGAUCUGAUGUCCACACUGAAGCAGUACAAGCAGCACUUGCAAAAUACAAGGAGAGGAAGAUGCCUAUGCCCUCGAAGAGACGCUCUGUCCUGGUGCACUCUUCGGUAGAGACGUACACGCCCCCAGACACAUCGUCAGCAUCAGAAGAUGAGGGCUCGUUACGGCGGCAAGGGCGGAUCAGCUCCACUCCGUUCCAGAGCCAUUCCAACGUAGAGCCCUGGCUUAACCGGGUCAUUCAGGGCUCCUCCACCUCAUCCUCUGCAUCUUCCACCUCAUCUCAUCCUGGAGGGAAACCUACUGCUUCCAAUACCGCUCCUGCCACCGCUGCUGCCACUGUGCUUGCAGAUCUCAUGGCACACACCCAGAUAGAGAACCACUGUGCACCCCCAGACGUGACCACUGGCCUGGUGGAACACCUGUACCACGAGCGCCCACAGGUAGCGUCGGUGCGAGGAGUGCCCAGAGGCUACAACAGCAGCAUUUUGGAAACUGCAGAUGGUGUCCCAGUGAAUAGCAGAGUGUCCUCUAAAAUUCAGCAGCUGCUAAAUACCUUGAAAAGACCAAAGCGCCCACCUUUGAAAGAAUUUUUUGUGGAUGAUUUUGAAGAACUGCUAGAAGUGCAACAGCCUGACCCAAAUCAACCAAAGCCUGAAGGAAAUCAAAUGAAUGUACUUAAAGGGGAACCCUUAGGGGUUGUGACCAACUGGCCACCCUCCCUUCUGGCUGCCCUGCAGCGCUGGGGAACCACCCAGCCCAAAGCCCCAUGUCUGACAGCGUUGGACACCACUGGGAAAGCCAUUUAUACCCUUACCUAUGGCAAGCUGUGGAGUCGAAGCUUGAAGUUAGCCUAUACACUGCUAAACAAGCUAACCACUAAGAAUGAACCCCUGCUGAAGCCUGGAGACCGGGUAGCUCUCGUAUUUCCUAACAGUGAUCCAGUUAUGUUUAUGGUGGCAUUUUAUGGAUGUCUCCUGGCAGAACUUAUUCCUGUCCCAAUAGAAGUUCCUCUCACAAGAAAGGAUGCUGGCAGUCAGCAGAUCGGGUUUCUUUUGGGUAGCUGUGGAGUAACACUGGCUUUAACCACUGAUGCCUGUCAGAAAGGCCUCCCUAAAGCUCAGACUGGCGAAGUGGUGACAUUCAAAGGCUGGCCUCGUCUCGUUUGGUUUGUGAUUGAUGGGAAGCAUCUGGCAAAACCAACCAAGGACUGGCAUCCCCAAGUCCGGGAUGCCAGCGCUGAGAUUGCCUAUAUUGAGUACAAAACAAGUAAAGAGGGCAGCACAGUGGGCAUUACUGUAUCUCAUGCUUCCAUGCUGGCACACUGUCAUGCCCUGACUCAGGCAUGUGGUUAUUCAGAAGCUGAAACACUAACAAAUGUCUUGGAUUUCAAAAGAGAGGCUGGCCUUUGGCAUGGAGUGUUAACAAGCGUUAUGAACAGGAUGCAUGUCAUCAGUAUUCCCUAUGCAUUAAUGAAGGUUAAUCCACUUUCCUGGAUACAGAAAGUCUGCUCAUACAAAGCCCGUGUAGCAGUAGUAAAAUCCCGGGAUAUGCACUGGUCACUUUUGGCUCAGAGGGAUCAGAGAGAUGUCAGCCUGAGCUCGUUACGGAUGUUGAUAGUGGCAGAUGGAGCCAAUCCAUGGUCCAUAUCUUCCUGUGAUGCAUUCCUGAAUGUAUUUCAGUCCAGAGGUUUGAGACCAGAAGUAAUCUGUCCUUGUGCUAGUUCUUCAGAGGCACUAACCGUUGCUAUUCGCAGACCUCCUGAACUGGGUGGCCCCCCUCCAGGAAAAGCAGUGUUAUCCAUGAAUUGUCUGAGUUUCGGUGUGAUCCGAGUGGAUACAGAGGAGAAGCUGUCGGUCUUAACUGUGCAGGAUGUUGGUCAGAUUAUGCCUGGAGCCAGCGUGUGUGUUGUGAAGGUGGAUGGGACUCCUUAUCUGUGUAAAGCUGAUGAGGUUGGAGAAAUAUGUGUGAAUUCAGGAGCAACGGGGAUAGCGUAUUUCGGCCUCCUGGGAAUCACCAAGAAUGUAUUUGAGGCCAUCCCAGUGACAGCAGCUGGCGUGCCUGUUUCAGACCAGCCCUUCACAAGAACAGGAUUGCUUGGCUUUGUGGGUCCUGACUAUUUGGUGUUUGUGGUAGGGAAGUUGGAUGGCCUGAUGAUGGUCAGUGGCCGCAGGCACAACGCAGAUGACGUGGUAGCCACCGCCUUGGCAGUGGAACCCAUGAAGUUUGUCUAUCGGGGAAGGAUAGCAGUGUUUUCUGUGCCCGUUUUGCAUGAUGAUCGGAUAGUGCUUGUGGCAGAGCAGCGCCCUGACGCCUCAGAGGAGGAUAGUUUUCAGUGGAUGAGCAGGGUUCUACAGGCAAUCGAUAGCAUUCACCAAGUGGGUGUAUACUGCCUUGCCUUGGUGCCAGCCAACACUUUGCCAAAGGCUCCACUCGGAGGAAUUCAUAUUUCAGAAACGAAGCAGCGCUUUUUGGAGGGCGCUCUGCAUCCUUGCAACGUCCUGAUGUGUCCCCACACCUGUGUUACCAACCUGCCCAAGCCUCGACAGAAACAACCAGAUGUUGGUCCUGCCUCAAUGAUAGUAGGAAACCUUGUAGCUGGCAAGAGGAUUGCACAAGCCUCAGGCAGAGAUGUGAGCCAGCUGGAGGAUAACGACCAGGCAAGAAAGUUCCUGUAUUUGGCAGAUGUUCUUCAAUGGCGAGCUCAGACAACUCCAGAUCAUCCCCUCUUCCUUCUGUUGAAUUCCAAGGGCACUGUAGCCAGCACUGCAUCGUGCAUCCAGCUGCACAAGAGAGCAGAGAGAGUGGCAGUUGCGCUGCUGGAGAAGGGGCGGCUGAAUGUUGGUGACCAUGUGGCCCUGGUUUACCCUCCAGGAGUGGACUUGAUAGCAACUUUCUAUGGCUGCUUAUAUGCUGGCUGUGUCCCCAUCACUGUCCGCCCACCUCAUCCACAGAACCUUGCUACCACUCUGCCCACUGUCAAAAUGAUUGUAGAGGUCAGUAAGUCUGCGUGUAUACUGACCACCCAAGCCAUAAUGAAACUGCUCAAGUCUAAGGAGGCUGCUGCAGCUGUAGAUAUUAAAACAUGGCCCACUAUUUUGGAUACAGAUGAUAUGCCUAAAAAGAAGCUGGCUAGUGUUUUCAGACCUACUUCUCCAGAUAUGUUGGCAUACUUGGACUUCAGUGUGUCUACUACUGGUAUAUUAGCAGGAGUUAAGAUGUCACAUGCAGCUACAAGUGCCUUAUGUCGCUCGAUAAAGCUCCAGUGUGAGCUGUACCCAUCCCGACAGAUUGCCAUCUGCCUGGACCCUUACUGUGGCCUGGGCUUUGCACUGUGGUGCUUGUGCAGUGUAUAUUCAGGUCACCAGUCCAUCCUGGUCCCUCCUCUGGAGCUGGAGAGCAACGUGUCUCUGUGGCUGUCUGCUGUCAGUCAGUACAAAGUGCGUGUCACCUUCUGCUCAUACUCGGUCAUGGAGAUGUGCACCAAAGGGCUGGGGACACAGACCGAUGUUCUCCGCAUGAAGGGAGUUAACCUGUCCUGUGUCCGUACCUGCAUGGUGGUUGCAGAGGAGAGACCGAGGAUCACACUAACCCAGUCCUUCUCCAAGUUGUUUAAAGACCUGGGCCUCUCUGCUCGUGCAGUGAGCACUACCUUUGGGUGCAGGGUCAACGUAGCAAUUUGCUUACAGCCAAACAGGCUGGGCAAGCUGGCUGAACAGGGAACAGCAGGACCAGAUCCAACAACAGUCUAUGUGGAUAUGAGAGCACUUCGACAUGACAGGGUGCGUUUGGUAGAGAGAGGCUCUCCACACAGUCUGCCCCUUAUGGAGUCUGGGAAGAUUCUUCCGGGAGUAAAGGUCAUCAUAGCACACACAGAAACCAAGGGACCUCUGGGAGACUCGCACUUAGGAGAGAUAUGGGUGAGCAGUCCACACAAUGCCACUGGUUACUACACGGUGUAUGGAGAGGAAGCACUGCACGCUGAUCACUUCACUGCUCGCCUGAGCUUUGGGGACACUCAGACCGUGUGGGCUCGGACCGGGUACCUGGGCUUCCUGCGCAGGACAGAGCUCACUGACGCCAGCGGAGAGAGACACGAUGCCCUGUAUGUGGUGGGCUCUUUGGAUGAAACACUGGAGCUCAGAGGAAUGAGGUACCAUCCCAUUGACAUAGAAACCUCCGUAAUAAGGGCACACAAGAGCAUUGCAGAAUGUGCUGUGUUUACGUGGACGAACUUGCUGGUGGUGGUUGUGGAGCUGGAAGGCUCGGAACAGGAAGCGCUGGACCUGGUGGCGCUGGUGACAAACGUGGUUCUGGAGGAGCAUUAUCUCAUAGUGGGUGUUGUGGUCAUUGUGGACCCAGGCGUCAUUCCCAUCAAUUCCCGUGGUGAGAAGCAACGCAUGCACUUGAGAGAUGGAUUUUUAGCUGAUCAGUUGGAUCCUAUUUAUGUUGCCUACAACAUGUGAAAACGGGAAACCACGUCAAGGCUAAAGCACCAAAAUCCAAGGGACUUUCCUCAUAAUAACAUCAGAAUCCAUGUUCUGUGUUUUUAAAAGCUGUUGAAGACCUUAGGAAAACGGAGAUACUACUCUUCACAGACCUUCAUCUCCCAAGACUGCAUUUGCUUUCAUAAGUCCAUUGUAACAGUUACAGCUGUCUUAGGAUGGAGAGUUUACUGGAAUUCCUGAAGGAAGCUUAUUAGAACUAUCAUGGACCAAUUUUUUUUUGGGGGGGGGUGGGUGGGAAUAAUUAUGAAUGUCAGUACUUGAUGCACUGCAUAAAAGGACAUAAAGCAGGGUGGGGAGAGAACACCAGCUGUGAGGAGGACUCCUAGAAGUAACACCUAAAGUGGUGAGUAACCAUCCAGAGUUCACCUCCGUGUGACUGUUUGCAAUAUAUCGGCAGUUUCGGGGUUGGGACUUAACCUUCAAGAUUGCACACACCUCUACCACAUUCUCUACUGAAAGGAAUUUUGCACAUAUUUGGAGAUUUAAUAAUGCAGCCUUUUUAUUUUAAGUCACUGACUCAUCCCUGUUCAGAAGAAACCAAUCCAUUCUAAUCCCGGAUUCAGUGUAACAGUUAAUGCUGCUGUUCAGCUUUUUUGUACCAAGCAAAAACAAAUACUGCAGCUGUAACAGUGUUACUUACGGUGCCAUGCUGGACUCUGUAAUGCUACAAACUUUAUAAUAAAAUACAAAGUAAUAUCUAGUUUUAAGUACUUGAUGCAGGAGCCUUCAGUGUUCUUGCUCUCCUAACUCCAUGUCCAAGUCACCUGUUUUCAUAGUGUCAACUGUUAAUUCGUGCCCUGCAUAACGCCAAGGAUUUGAAAAUUCAUUCCAAAGCCACUAGUCUCUGAAUGAUUUGUACAGAUGUUUACAAAGCAUGGGCUUACAAUAUGUUUUCCCUGAAUAUCCAGUGCUAAAACUUACAAUAGCGACUUUUUUUUCCCCCACCAUGGAAAAGCUGAUCAGUGUUAGUUAGCUUGAGCUGCUGUGGUACAAACUGUCUUUAUUUUCUUUGGAGUUGUAUUUAGACUCUUUUGUUCGGGCUAAAAUACCCAGUUGGUUGAGUCACAGUUGACUAACUAAGGUUUUGAAGUUUCUGCCUGAUCUAAUACUGCAGUGAACCUGAUGCAGAAAGAGAAUAGGAAGUUAUUCAAAUACUUACUGUGUUUGAAGGUAAGCACGAGACUAGCAAAUAAUUAUUUUUAUAGAUUUGUUAAAGACUUUGAGAGCUACAUACAAUUUUUUUAGUAAUGCACAAGUGUGGCAAAAGGGCCAGCUUUUUCUGCAAGGCGAUUCUGCCUGGAUCAGUGCCUAAGAAAGAUAGAUGUCAGUCCCCUGAUAUAUCAGAUUUACUUAUGAUUAAAUAAGCUCUGAAAUCUGCAAGAAAAAGCUUUCCUAUAUAGUAGUUAUCUGCCCUGAUGGUGUUUACCUGUGGUGUAUUAUACAGCUGCAUACUCCUGACUGUAAUUAUGUACAGAACCUGUGUAACUUAUUCUCUGAGUACAGCAGCCUCCAGCAGCGGGCUGUGGGACACCCCUCCUAACAAAAGAGCUGGCAAAAGGAGAGAACUCCCUAACCCUAAACCACGUUGUAGUUUUUUAGCAAAUAAAGCAUUGUAAGACUUUUGUAUUGAGAGAUACUGAUGACAGUGAGACGAGUUGCCUUGUAAAGUUAAAUCUUAAAACAAAAAAAGCUCAUUAAACAUUUCAGAACA